AUGAUAGUUGGUCAAAAAUUCUUUCAGCAUCUCCAGUUGUUAGUCAUUGUGCUAUUUCUGAGCUGGAGAGCCACUUUUGAGCACUCUACAGGGACGGAAGUUGGUAUCAAGUGCUUAGAGAAGGAGAGAGAAGCUCUUCUCAAGUUCAAAGAUGAGCUUAUUGAUGAACAUGGCCGACUCUCUUCUUGGGGAAGUGAAAAAUAUAAGAAGGAUUGCUGCAAAUGGAGGGGUGUCACUUGUGAUAAUCAAACUAAUCAUAUUGUUGAGUUGGAUCUUUGUGAUAUGGCUCUAAGAGGUAACGUUAGCAUCUCGUUGCUUGAAAUACAACAUUUGGAAUAUCUGGACCUCAGUUACAACCAUUUCGAGUAUAGCAAAAUCCCACAAUUCAUUGGUUCCCUAGGUAGAUUACAACAUCUUUAUCUUGACGGGUCUAAUUUUAGUGGGGAAAUUCCUCAUCAUCUUGGCAACCUUUCUGAAUUGAAUUCUCUGGGUCUUAGCUCAUUUCAUGGUUCUCUAACUAGCACAAGUCUUGAUUGGCUUUCUCGACUUAAUUCAUUAAAUUACCUGUACAUGCGCUCUGUUAACCUCACAAUGGCAACCGAUUGGUUACAAACAAUAACUAAGCUUACUAAGCUUCAACGUUUAGAAUUAUAUUCAUGUAACCUGUCAAUGGUACUUACUCCCUCACCUUUCAAUGCUUCUAAUUCUCUUUCUGACUUUCGUCUCUCGGGAAAUGAGUUCUCUUCUUCUUGGAUAUUUCCUUUGGUGUUUAACUUAAGCAGUAGCCUUAGUUACCUUGACCUCAGAUCCAACAAAUUACAAGGUGAGAUUCCAUUAUCCUUGAGGAAUAUGACUAGUUUAACUGGUUUAGAUUUAUCUAAUAACCAAUUCACAGGGGAAGAGCCUCAUCUUGCAUUACCUUCCUCGUUGAGUUACUUAUAUCUUUCUGACAAUAUGUUUACUGGUACCGUGACCCAAUGCAUAGGAAGCCUUUCCAAACUCGAAGAUGUGGAUAUUAGUUCAAACAACUUUGAAGACGUAAUCACUGAAUCACUUUUCUUUAAUCUUUCCCAUUUGGGAAUGUUGGACUUGUCUUACAACCAAGGUAUCUCGUUCAAUAUCAGUUCAGGAUGGAAUCCUCAUUUUCAACUGACAGAUGUAUUUUUAUCACGUUGCAAAGUGGGUCCACAUUUCCCCAUAUGGCUUAGAACACAAAAGAGAUUAGAGUAUCUUGAUAUCUCUAAUGCUGAAAUUUCAGACACCUUCCCUGAUUGGUUUCCGAAGUCAAGUCCAAAAUUAUGGGCUUUAAAUGUAUCGCAUAACAAUUUUCAUGGUGUCCUUCCUGAUUUGUCGUCAAAUUUCUCUCGUUUUGAAUUCACAGAUCUGAGCUUUAAUCAUUUUAAUGGUUCAUUACCAAUUUUACCUCCGAAUGGAUCUGUGGUGGAUUUGUCGAGUAAUGAGUUUUCUGGGUCAAUUACCAAUUUAUGCAAUGAAACUAGUUGCUAUUGGCAUUUUCUUGACCUCUCGAAUAACUUACUGUCUGGACAGCUUCCGGAUUGUUUUGCAAACCUACCAAAUUUGCAAUACCUUAAUCUGGCACAUAAUAAUUUCUCUGGAAAGAUCCCUUCACUAAAUACAGUAAGUUAUACGAGAGGUCAAGAAAAUCCCAAUAGCAACUAG